ACACUGGUCACACGACACAUCAUAUUUGUUUUGCUUGUUUCUCUUUUGUGCCCCACUUACUUUUGCUGAACCCCAUUCCCCCCUUCACAAAAUAAAAAGAUAUCAAUUAAGCUCUGAACAAAUGGUACUGCAACAAAUCAAAGUGCUCCUGCUGGGCAUCGUAACGCUCUUCCGGCGCGCCCUCUGCUGUUUCUCGCGACGCCGCAAGCUUAGCCACAGUGGUGCCGACCAGCUCCAAGCCGUGACUAUUGGCGAUUUCCCUGCCACAGCGAAGCCGGCGUCGUCGAGCAGUGGCGGCGCCAAGGAGCGCGACUGGAACUCGUGGGACGACAGUCCGCGGACCGUCGAGGAGCACAUCGAACAGUAUCGCCAGCGCAUGGCCCAGCCGCCCACACCGCCCAAAGAGGAGCCCGAGCCGGACUUCUUCAGCGAAUUGACGCCAGUGAUCAAGCCGCAGCCAAAAUACUAUCUGGACGAUGCGGCGCCGACGCCAGCGCCCACAGAUUUCUCAAGACUGAAGGCACAAGACAUUGUGCCCAUUAGUGUUAAUGCCGAUCUCGAGGACUGGGUGGAUGACAAUGCCGGCGGCUGGGAGGAGCUGGACACCUCCCAGACGAAACAGAUCAUACGGGAAAAACGGCGCGAACUGCGACACCAGCGCCAGCCGACGCCCAAGGCGCCGCAGCCGAGCAUCGGUGCCCAGCGGAUCAGCGAUGUGCAGCGCAUCGCGUAGCCGACAUCUGACAUCUGCCAGCAUCUGCUCUAAUCCAUUCCUCGAUCCAUUGGCAAUCUAUUUAGCGACAAGUUUUUAGCUACCAAUUGGCCUUAGUUUAAUGAACCCCAACCUGAGUUCUCUCUCGUUUUAUUUUGCUUUUCGCCAUGGUUGGGCACAAUAAAGCGCCAGCCACGAA